UUAUAUAUUUUAUUUAGCGCACUACAUAGGCUGGUAGGCUUUUGUUGUUCUCCAGUUUAGUGGUUUAUCACUGUUUCAGGAUGAUGGUAUCUUGCCACAAAUUUUCUUUGAAUUACAUCCAUGUCAUCCGCAAGUAAAUGAUUUUCCAUAGCCAUGAUGCUUAACCCUUCGAAGCUUUGGUUAAGCUAAUUAACCAAGGAGCACUGUUUGUAGAUUUGUCCAUAAUGCACAUAUCUAUCGUCGAAAUCCAAGCUUGUGCAUCAACAUUUUCCAUAUUUAAAUCAAAUUCUGGCAAUUUCACUGUAAUCUGAAAUGAAGGUGGCUUCAGAGCUUGUAGUAGAACCAUGAAGUUUCUGUUUUGUUAUUCUAGUAACAACUCCCACUUCUUUGUUGUUUUUGUUGUUGAAGUAUUUUCACUGUCAUACUUUGUUAAUGUAGUGAAAUCUACUGCAAUGGAAUUCUUUUAAUUAUUUAUAAAAACAUCUUAAAUGAGGACGAUUUAAAUCUGUCAAUGUCACACUCAUUUAAGUUUGUUGUUAAAUAUUAUUUCCGACCACUGGGCGACUUUGUACUAUUUUUAUGUUCACUCUGCCAUUCUGUAUGAAUAAAUUUGAGUCGCUUGACCUACGGGUAUUUGAUCUACUAACUUUGUGAAACGUUAGAACAAAACCGGUAGGUUUGUUGUACGGACCCCAUGUUAUUCUGUCAUCCAGAAUUUGGAUGCCGACUGUGUGACUUUAACGUGGGAGUUUCGUGGAAAAUUGUGAAGUUAAUUACAAAAACUGUGUAAAAAUUAUAAAACCAGGAACAAAAGCCCAAAAUAAAAUGUUAUCGAGAAACUUGAUGCAAUUUUCUACAAAAUUGAAUCCAUGGAAAGUUAUUGUGAGGCAAAAGUCUUAUACACCUUUUAAUACUGUUGUCAUGUUCGUGCCACAGCAAGAAGCAUGGAUUGUUGAAAGAAUGGGCAAAUUUUCCAGGAUCCUUGAACCUGGUUUGAAUGUGUUGAUUCCAGUGGUUGACAAAGUUAAAUAUGUUCAAAGUUUAAAAGAAAUUGCUGUUGAUAUUCCUAAACAAAGUGCAAUAACAUCUGAUAAUGUUACUUUAAGUAUCGAUGGUGUUUUGUACUUGAGAAUAAUAGAUGCGUAUAAAGCAAGUUAUGGUGUCGAAGACCCAGAAUUUGCAAUAACCCAAUUGGCACAAACAACCAUGAGAUCUGAGUUAGGAAAAAUAUCCUUAGAUAAAGUGUUUAGAGAAAGAGAAAAUUUAAAUGUUCAAAUUGUUGAUAGUAUAAACAAAGCAAGUGAAGCUUGGGGAAUGUGCUGCUUAAGGUAUGAAAUAAGAGAUAUAAAACUUCCAAAUAGAGUUCAAGAAGCUAUGCAAACGCAAGUUGAAGCAGAACGCAGAAAACGUGCCUGUAUAUUAGAAUCAGAAGGCAAGCGUGAGGCUGAAAUUAACAUUGCUGAAGGUCUAAAACGCUCUUUAAUUUUAAAAUCUGAAGCUGAACGACAACAACAAAUAAAUAAGGCAGAGGGAGAAGCGAUAGGGAUUAUAAAAAUAGCAGAAGCAAAAGCAGAAGGUUUAAGAAAAGUGGAAAAUGUUUUGCGGGAAGGAAGGGAGGCAGCUGGAUUGGGGGUAGCAGAGAAGUAUGUGGAAGCCUUUGGGGGGAUGAUAAAUGGGGGUGGUACUGUAGUGUUGGGGAUGGAUGCAGGAGAUGUACCAAAAAUGGUCACACAGGCGAUGUCAAUAUAUAAUUCCGUAAAUAAAACGAAUCAGAGAAAUUUGACAAAAGUGAAAAGAAUUAGUACGCCAAAAAUCAAAGAUGAUUUGGCGGAAUUUUUUAGUGACGAUGAAGAAUUAAAACAACAUAAAGAAAAGCUUGCAUCAGAAUCGAAAUUGAAAGCUACAGAAACUGAAAAACUAUUGGAAAAGUAAAUUUGAAAUUGGAUCAAAAGACCUGGUGAAAUUUUGUUAAAUUUUAAGUACUUUAUUAUCAAUUAUGUUAACAUCAAAAUUGUCAUUUAGUUUCUUUUUUGGUAAAAUAUGAGAAGGAACAGCUUUAAUAUAAAUUUAUAAUAAAUUGUUUUUGUUUAUGUUUUUAAAA